UGUGAGACCAUCAAUCUCUGCCAUGUCUCUCUCUCCCUGCCGGGUCCGGAGGGGCUUCAGUGCUCACUCAGCCUGUUCUGCUCGCUCAGGGGGCCGAGGCAGGGGUGGCUUCAGCAGUAGGAGCCUCAGUUCCUCUGGGGGCUGCCGAGGAGGCUCUCGUGGGAGGGCCUGGGGGUCAGGGGCAAGGCUAGGGGUACGGUUUAGGGAGGGGAGCGCUGGGCCAGGACUUUCUCUGUGCCCUCCCGGAGGCAUCCAGGAAGUGACCAUCAACCAGAAUCUGCUGACUCCACUGAAGAUUGAGAUCGACCCCCAGUUCCAGGUGGUACGAACUCAGGAGACCCAGCAGAUCAGAACCCUCAACAAUCAGUUUGCUUCUUUCAUUGACAAGGUGCGGUUCCUGGAGCAGCAGAACAAGGUCCUGGACACCAAGUGGCACUUGCUGCAGCAGCAGCGGGUGAGUGACAGCCCCCAGGGCCUGGAGUCUUUCUUCGAGGCCUAUGUGGCCCGGCUCAGGAAGUGGCUGGAGCAGCUGCAGAGAGACCGAGAGGCUCUGGACGCCGAGCUGAAGUCCUGCCAGGACCAGGAGGAGGAGUAUAAGGCCAAAUAUGAACGGGAGGCUCACAAGCACGCUAUGGUGGAGAAUGACUUUGUGGUCCUCAAAAAGGAUGUGGACGAGGUUUUCCUGAGCAAGAUGGAGUUGGAGGGCAAGCUGAAGGCUUUGAGCGAGUACAUCUGCUUCUUGAGGCGUCUAUAUGAAGAAGAGCUAAGCCAGCUCCAGACCCAGGCUGGUGACCUGUCCGUGGUGCUGUCCAUGGACAACAGUCGCUGCCUAGACUUCAGAGACAUCAUCGCCGAGGUCCGAGCCCGGUAUGAGGAGAUUGCCCAGACCAGCAAAGCCGAGGCCGAGAUGCUGUACCAGACCAAGUACCAGGAGCUUCAGGCGUCUGCCCAGCUUCACGGGGACAACAUGAAGGAAAUCAAAGCCCAGAUCACUCAGCUACAGCAGACGAUUCAGAAGCUGCAGAGUCAGAUUGAGAACCUCAAGAAGCAGAAUGCCAACCUGGAGGCUGCCGUCGCCGAUGCUGAGCAGCUUGGGGAGCUGGCCGUCAAGGAUGCUCAGGCCAAGGUGGCCGAGAUGGAGGCUGCUCUGAGAACCGCCAAGCAGGACAUGGCGCGGCUGCUGCGCGAGUACCAGGAGCUGAUGAGCUCGAAGCUGGCCCUGGACAUCGAGAUCGCCACCUACCGCAAGCUGCUGGAGGGCGAGGAGAGCCGGAUGUCUGGGGAGUGCACCAGUCAGGUCAUUAUCUCCAUUGGAGGAGGCAGCACUGCUGUGUCUGGAGGAGCAGGUGGUGGCCUGGCGGGCACUUGUGGACUCGGAGGUGGGAAAGGCAGCUUUGGGUCCAGCUGCUCCAGUGUCGUGACCGGAGGCUCCAAUGUUAUCCUGGACUCUGGGCAGGGCCCUGUUUUUGGCUCCUGCUCUGUGUCUGGCUCUGGCUCCGGCUCCGGCUCCACCUGCCACACCAUCCUGAAGAAGACGGUUGAGUCAAGUCUGAAGACAUCCAUCACCUACUGA